ACGACAUUUUUGCGCGAUGCUUUUAUCCACAAAUAAUUAAAUUUUUAACAAAAAUAUAAAUAUAUGACUGCUUAUUAAUAAUCAAAAAAGCUGUUUGUGAUCAUUAUUUUACAAUUCUAUAUGAAAACGAAUUGUAAAAGGAAAAUAGAAAAAAGUCCCUUAGAUUAUAUCCAUACGUUCUCCAUUUUAGAUUUAAAAAAAAAAUUGUAAUAACCACAGUCAACAAUUUAUUUUCAUUUUUCAACAGUGUUCCCAUGUGUUCCUAAAUAAUCUGAAUAAUAAACUGCAUGAACUGCAUAAACUGUAUUAUUCAGUAUUAUUAGUUUAAUUUGGAGAAUAUUUGUGAUAAAUAGUUAUUAGAAACUUGAAUUGUGAGAAUUAUUUGUAUAUUUUUAUAUAUUCUGAGGGAAAAAAAGAACUACAAAAGAUCUAUUGCCACUAUUUUCGUGAUUUUCGUUAACAGAUGUGUUCUAUUGUUUGUAAUAACAUGUCGAACAAAUUCGAUGCACUAAAGACCAGUGACGACAGUGGAGACGAUGAAUCUCAGUUGAAAGAUAGUCAAAAGUCCGAUAAAGACAGUUUACCACCAAUAGAAAUAAAUCCGAAUGAUCAUAAAUUACAAUAUUCAUAUGCCUUAUGGUACAGUCGGAGAAAUCCUGGUAAACAAACAAAUGUACAAAGUUACGACCAAAAUUUAAAAUUAGUCGGAAGGUUUGGAAGUGUUGAACAAUUUUGGGGCCUUUACAGUCAUUUAGUCAGACCUUCAGAAUUAUCAAUACACACAGACUUUCAUUUAUUUAAGGAAGGAAUCAAACCAAUGUGGGAGGACGAGGCAAAUCAAAGAGGAGGUAAAUGGAUAGUUAGAUUACGCAAAGGUUUGGUUUCACGAUGUUGGGAAAAUUUAGUUUUAGCGAUGUUGGGGGAACAAUUCAUGGUGGGCGAAGAAAUUUGCGGUGCCGUUGUAUCUAUUAGGUAUCAGGAAGAUAUAAUAUGUGUAUGGAAUAAAACAGCAUCUGAUGUUGCGACGACAGCCCGUAUCAGAGAUACAUUGAGGCGUGUUUUGCAUUUGCCAGGCAGUGCAUCAAUGGAAUAUAAAACGCACAAUGACAGCUUAAAGAACAUUCGCGUUUAAUUUUUAUUACACUUGCCAAAAUUCAAAUUAACAUCCAUUGAAGUGUUCCAUAAAAAAAAAAAAUUGAGAGAAAAUAAUUAACACUUCAUUAUCCCAAAGAAAGGGGAUUUUAUUUUUGGUUCUUUUUUUUUUGGUAAAUUUGUGAGAUUUGACUGAGAAUUCUUUGAAAUAAUUUUUUUUUUCUUCUUCAUAGAAACUUUGUUUUUUAUUUUAUCAAAACAAAGAUUUAUUGAGAAUUAAGAAUUCAAGUUUUAUUUAUUUUUUUCAUAUAUAAAAACAGAAAAUUUAAUUAACUUUGAGAAAAAUACAAUAUUUUUACAUUAUUUUAUUAGUGUACAUUUUCUCUUUGGUAUAUUGAUUAUUGAAUUCGAAUCGUUAUUAAAGAAAAAGAAGAAAAAUAUUUAAAAAAAAAAAUCAAGUGACCAUUGAUAAAACAGGAAUGAGAAAAUAUAAUUUUUAUUGAUUGUUAAAUUUGUACAAUAUAAGUUUAAUAAUUUGUAGUAUGUGAGGAUUUGAAAAA